GUUAGCAGGUCAGCUUCCAACAUUGAAUAUGGAAAGAACGGCAUUUUUCAACGUUGUGGACCUUCAGGUGUUUCAGUUUGUUCAGAGUUGAGAGCGGAAGAGGAUGACAAGCCAGGCAACUGAGAACCCAAAAACAAUUUACGACUUCACUGUCAAGGAUGCAAGGGGCAAUGAUGUGGAUCUUAGCUUGUACAAGGGAAAAGUUCUACUCGUUAUCAAUGUUGCUUCCAAAUGUGGACUGACCAACUCAAACUACACAGAGCUGAAUCAACUAUACCAACAGUAUAAAGAUCAAGGCUUUGAGAUACUGGCGUUUCCAUGCAAUCAGUUUGGUGAUGAGGAACCGGGAAGUAAUAAAGAGAUUGAAGAGUUUGUCUGCACUCGUUUCAAAUCUGAAUUUCCAAUUUUUGACAAGAUUGAAGUAAACAGUGAUAAUGCUGCUCCCUUGUAUAAGUUCUUGAAGUUAGGCAAGUGGGGAUUCUUUGGAGAUGAUAUCCAAUGGAAUUUUACCAAGUUUCUAGUUGACAAGGAGGGGAAAGUUUCUGAUCGCUAUUACCCGACCACUCCCCCCCUUAGUAUUGAGCGGGAUUUAAAGAAGCUAUUGGGAGUCCUGUGAAUGCUGAAUGCUGGUAUGCAUAUGCUUUCCUUUUCUCCAGCGGGAGGGGAAAAAAGCCUUGCUUUUGUGUGUUGUUGUGCCUCCAAGACUGGUUUAGGACCUAACGUCGUGCCGAUGUGUUGUAUAUUAUGCUCAAUAAACUGAGCAAGACCAAUUUCUUAUUUUAAAUGAUAAUGUCACCGUGAGAUUGAACUUGUCUA